AUGACCAAUCAAGACAGCCAGUACAAGACAAUUGAGGCCACAAUCAAAUGGCUGCAAGAGUACAAGUCGCUGGCGGUUUUGUCGAGACCGCGAAUCACCGAGUUUCUAGAUCCGAAAUUUGUCAACGAAGCGGUUGAGUGUAUCAUCGGUGAGCGGCCCAUCGAAACAAGCGCAAUCGAUGACAACACCCAAUAUUUCAAAGUAUUAGCUGACUUUCUAGCAGACAUGUUCGUUGGCACUGAGGUGGUAGAAGCGCACAUACAAGCUAUGGAUUCUUCGUUAUUGGACAGGUACGUGAAGGGGGAGACAAAGUGGGAGUUUGUGGAAGACUUGGCUUUGACCGAAGCUAUCUACCAUUACUGUUGCUUACUAUUGGUUAGUAGUGUUCGAGGAAAACGAAUGGCGUGGGCGAUGACCAAUAUUAAUUACCUGCCGUUGGAGUAUAAAAAGGUGCUGGAGAAGUUCAGUCUAAUUGCGGACAAGCAGUCUGAAUUCGAAGGAUUCGAGGAAAAUUCGGACAAUGCAGAACUGGAAGAAGCCUUACGAGAGAAGGAGGAACAAGCCCAAUUUCUCCAAUCACAGCUGAAUGAACUACACGAAACGAGCCAACUUAAAGAGCAGCAGCUGCUUACCGAGCUGGAAAGUAAAGAGGAAAAAUUGAAAGCUUACGAUCAAUUGGUGGCUAAAUUAAAGAUACAAAAUGAACAGUUUCAUCAUAACUUCAUGGAUACGUCUGUUGAUUCUACACUCAACAAACACUCGAAACUGGAGAUGAUUUCAUUCGAAAAUAAAGUUUUAGAACACUUUAUUUCCAUAUUGGCAAAAGCGGCAGAUUAG